GGAUAAAACGAGGGAAUGGCAAGUGAUCCGUCAGUUCCGCGGCAGAGAGGAGCUGCAGGAGGCAUCUCCAGCGGGGCUGAUUGGAUUGCUUUGGGUUUCCAGAAGACUAUUUAAGCAGCGGCUGACAAGUGAAUUAUAGCUUCGUGUUACAACAUGGAAGCCAUCGCCAAGUUUGACUUCACCGCCUCGGGCGAGGAUGAACUGAGCUUUCACACUGGAGAUAUCCUGAAGAUCUUAAGUAACCAGGAGGAGUGGUUCAAGGCAGAACUUGGGAGCCAAGAAGGAUACGUGCCUAAGAAUUUUAUUGACAUCCAGUUUCCUGAAUGGUUUCACGAAGGCCUCUCGCGACACCAGGCAGAGAACUUACUCAUGGGCAAGGAGGUUGGUUUCUUCAUCAUCCGGGCCAGCCAGAGCUCCCCAGGGGACUUCUCCAUUUCUGUCAGGCACGAGGAUGAUGUCCAGCACUUCAAGGUCAUGAGAGACAACAAGGGUAAUUACUUCCUAUGGACAGAGAAGUUUCCAUCCCUAAAUAAGCUGGUGGACUACUACAGGACCACUUCCAUCUCGAAACAGAAGCAGAUCUUCCUGAGGGACAGAACGCGAGAGGAUCCGGGUCGCCGGAGCAACAGCCUGGACCAGAGGGCCCAGGGAGGCCCACACCUCAGUGGGUCUGUGGGAGAAGAAAUCCGGCCUUCGAUGAACCGGAAGCUGUCAGAUCACCCGCCGCCCCCUCCCUCGCAGUAUCCCCCAGCCCCACCACCGCAGCAGCGGUACAUGCAGCAUCACCAUUUUCAUCAGGAACGCCGCGGAGGCAGCCUCGACAUAAACGACGGGCACUGCGGCAUAGGCCUGGGCAGCGAAAUGAACGCGGCCCUCAUGCACCGGAGACACACAGACCCGGUGCAACUCCAGGUGGCCGGGCGAGUACGGUGGGCCCGGGCGCUGUAUGACUUUGAGGCCCUUGAGGACGACGAGCUGGGAUUCCACACUGGAGAGGUGGUGGAGGUCCUGGAUAGCUCCAACCCAUCCUGGUGGACUGGCCGCCUGCACAACAAACUGGGCCUCUUCCCUGCCAACUACGUGGCGCCCAUGACCCGGUGAAUCCCUCUGGGGGGUGACGGCCAGAGGCUUUGUCUGAAGCUGCCUGCAAGAGAGGGAGCAAGGAAGAAAAGCUGGAACUACAUCUACAUACACAUAUUCCUA